GGCAACCUAAAUAUUCACAUUCAAACCGAAACAAAAAUAUGGCAGAAGAAGUGGUAUCACCUGAGGCGUCAGGGAAUAAUUCUUUUGAUGAAAAAUUGACUGAUAGAGUUAAACUUGAUGCUUUGGUAACGGAUUUAGCUCAAGAAUAUUCUAAAUAUCUGAAAGUCGAUGUGUCUGCAGAGAAAACUAUAUUGGAGGAUGAAGUGGAAGACGUUCUAACACGUUUGGAUGAAUUUACUUCACUUGUAGAUAUGGUGAGAAGUGAUAAUACAGUGUGUUUAAAUCAAAAACUUCCUGGAAUUCAUGAAAAAUUUGCAGAAAUGGAAAAAGUAUUUGUACAGAUAGAUCGGUUAGAGGACAUGAUAAAAGUGAUAAAACAAAAUUUAGAAGUAAUGGAAGAAAAAGUAAAUGAAGCUGAAGAACACCUUGACAGCAGCUCUGUGAAAAAAUUGUUUAAUUCAUUCCAGAAACCUCUGUUUUCUAAAAAAACUGGUGACCAAAAAAAGCACUUAAAAUAUGAAUCACCUGAAAUAUUUAAAACUGAUGAUUUUUUUCCAAACUCAGCAUCCUCUGCUGAAAAUGCCAACACAUAGCAGAUAUUCAGCAAUUCGAUUGUGCUGAUAUAAGGAAAGAAAAAGGAGUAAAAAACAAUGUUGCUCUUUCUUCAUCUUUUGUUAUAUUAAAGUAUAAAAAAUACUGAUCCCAGAAUAUUUGAUUCACGAAUUAAGGAAAAAUGUGAAUGAACUUCUGUAAAGAACAUUUAAAAUAUGGACAUUUAAAAAUUUAACAUCACUACUUAUAUAAGUCUGUGCAUGAGAUUAUAAAAUAAAUAUUUUUUAUGAAUUGUUAAUUUUAACCAGUUAUCUUUAUUACUGAAUAUAGAAUCUUUAUUAUUAAAAUUUUAUUAAAUGAAAUGUAUAUUAUAUACAAUGGUUGAAUAUUUACAUUCUCUUAAUAUUUUGUUGUUACAUUGUCUUAAUUUUUUUUGUAUUUGUGUUUCAGUCUGUGUGUAUGCUUAAUAAUUGAGAAACAGGUUUUUUAAAAAUCCUGUUAAAGUAAGAUCAUUUGAAAAAUUUUCAUUUUUUUUAUCACGGUCUUUCUAAACUCCUUCUUCAUAAACCUCUUCAUUUUUUUUUCUUUCACAUUUUUAAUAGUAAUUUCUACAGUUUAAAUAAAUUCAACUGAAGAAAUAAAAUUAAUUAUUAUAAAAAGAAGGGGGAAAUGAAUAUUGAAGGGAAUUUUUUUUAUUGUAUUUUUUACAAAUAAUUGUAGUUGUAUAUAUAUAUUGCAACUAUAGUUAAAGAUAACUAUAUAUGUGUAUUGAAAAAAGAUGUAUUACUCAUCCUUAAAAUUAAUAAUUUAUCAAAAUUAUUGGAGAAAUGCAUGCACACUGUCUUAAUAUCUUAAUUAUCACUUUAAUUCUUCAUUUUUUUAAGCUCAAUUAUAUAUUUUUAAAUGAUCAUUUUAAAAUAAAAGCAAUCAUUCCUAUUUAUAAAUGAGAGAAUAAAAUUAAAUUAACUAUCUUAAAAUUGCAAUUAAAAAACCUUUAACUUUGAAGAUUAAAAGUUGCAAUCUUUUUAAUUGAAAUUUUUCUUUAAAAUUUUUUUUAGUUGCAUGUCUAACCUUUAUCCCAAAUUUAUAUGAAUUGUUUUGUGUGAAAAAUGAAAUUUGGGUAAUUCUGUAUAUUCUAAAUAUAUUUUUAUGUGUGAAAUUGUGGUUUUUGUCUUCCAGUAACUUCAUAAUUGGACAUAAGAUGUUCAAACUUCUUUAAAUUCAUUCUCUAUCAUUCCAUACUAUAUUUUUGUGAUGCUAAAUAUACAUGUUUACAAUAUUUCACUUAUCUUCAUAGUAGAUUUAGAAAUAUAUGUAUUCCGUGAAAUAAUGAAAUUGUUUAUUUUAUUGUUAGUGUUUACAGAAAAAUAAAAUGGAGUGUUAUUA